AUGGAGGGAGGGAAUGGAAAGGACAACCAGGAGGAGUUCGAGUUGGCUCGGGCCAACUUUGAAAAGACGUCGUCCGUCCUCGAGAAGCUCAUCAAAUCCAUCGCCAAAAUCUCUGACUCAUUCAAGGUGUCGAUGUGGGCCGUGAUCGACCUGUCGGAAGUGAUGAAAGAAUUCCUUGGGGCCGGUCCCUCCAUCGAGCUCGAGGACUCCAUGAACGAAUACAUGAAAGAGGUCGCCGAUCAGGUGAACAGCAUGAAUGUGUUCUACGAACAGCACAAGGCGUUUCGAGAUCCCAUUCAUCCGCCUCACACCCACAACACACAGACGAAGAUCGAGCACCGCGAGAAGCUCAACCAACAAAACAAAACCGCUAGCAACGCCAAUGGAGUGAAGACUCGUGCGGCGCUGGACGAGUUCGACAAGCAGCUGAAGGACGACUUGGUGAGCCACCACUACUCCCGAUACCGGCGAGUCGCUCCUGAGCUUCACAAGUAUGUCCAAACGCAGAUGAAGCUCUUCAGCCGCAUGAACGAAAGCCUGAGCGGAAUGAGCGAGUUCUUGGCGAAGAAGUGCAGAGCUCACCCGUAUUGCCCCACCUACAGGACGGUGGGCAGGAAUUCGCUCAAGAAGAGCUCGCGGCGAGACAAGAGCCUGGGAAACUCCGGCGGCGCGGUGCCCACCACCUCGCUAUCGUCCUCGCGCUCGGCCACGUCUCACUCCCCGCCGACGCCCUCGUCGCCCGUGCCUCCGCCUCGUGUGCGCCCGGGGACCGUGAGCGCCCGCGACCCGCCGCCCGUUCCGCCCAAGAACCGGUCGGCGACGACGGCCAGCCGCAGCCACAUCGGUGGCAAGACGGCCACCGUCCCGUCGUCGCUCGCGAAGAUCUACCGUCGGUCGGUGUCGCAGCAGAACCUGGUGAACAAGAAGCUGAGCGAGCUCGGCGACGACGAGCCAGACAAGGAGGAGCGAUCACACUCGGUGGACGACGGCGAGAAAAUCGGCGACCUCCGCAGCAUGCUCGUAGACUCUGGCGUCUCUUCUUUGUCAAGCUCAGAGAAGAAAGUGACAAUUCCUGCACCCUCAUAUCCGCGUCCUCAAGGCGUCGCGCCUCCUCCAUCGCGGCCCGUCUCCACACAAGUGACCAAGGAGGACGUUGAGGCCGAGCGCAAGAAGGACCCGACCAAGUUCAGGCGGCAACCGCCGCCGCCCGGUGGCCCGAGGGGUCCUCCCACCUCCGGUCCCUUCGGCCUCCCCUCUUCGCCUUCGCUCUCUUCGAGUCUCAUCUCCUCGGUCGCCAUUCCCUCGCUAUCCGGCACGGCAUCGGCCCAGUCGUCGGAGGAGCACGGCGGCGGCUCGCCGCCGGUGUCCGCCUCUCCGCCGCCCAUUCCGUCGGCGCUCAACAAACCAAAGAACACGCUCUCGCACGCCCUGGCAAGUUCAGCUGAUUCCGAUUGGGCGCUCCAGCCUAGAAAGGCCAAGGGCACUACCGGAGUGCAGCCCACGGUGGUGGCCGAGAGGCGGCAGUACUGGAAGUCCUUGGACGGCAGGCCCACCCUCUAG